AUGCAUACAAGUCCCAGUGAAAAUGGGCGCACGUCUCUCCAUUCACCAGUUGCAUACCUGCGGAACAUAGACAUCCGAGACGAUCAGCAGAGAAAUGGCUUCAUGACUAUCAACAGCCAUGAUGGUCAACCCGCAGAGCCCAUAGUCCAGACCCUCGAAGAUGGGAAGGACAUGACUGCUCAUUCUUUGGGCCUUUGCUCAGAACAAGACACAAAUCUGCUUGCUUCUUUCCGCUCUGUCAUCAUGAAUGAGACGAAUCGUGUCGCUGGAGACAUCAUGCAGGUGCACCCGGGGAGUUGUGAAAGCGGUACACCUCCAGUACAUUUUUUCAUCCUCCGAGAUUGGUUUAUGCCAUACGACAAUCAGAUCAAGGACGAAGCUUCUCGGGUGAUAGAAUCUACGGUAGAGCCGUACGGUCCCGACCUGGUUCGACUAUACUUCAAGCACGUCCACCCUGUCAACUGUGUUGUAUCGAAGGUGCGUUUUCUUCGAGCCUAUAAAGAAGACAAGCUGAGCAUUCCCGCAUCCCUUCGCGGUGCGAUCUAUGCUAUGGGAGGUGCUUUUUGGAACCAAGAUCCUGUGUUGAGAACAGUACCUCGAAACUUUGAACAAUACGAGCUCUUCCAAGCCGCCCAGGCCUCUUUGGAAAGAGAACUCGAAGCGCCAAAUCUGUGGAGGACUCAGGCUUGCCUGCUCAUGAUUCACGAGAGGGCAGCUAACAACACUACAUUCGAGACGCCACGGUUAUGGACACUUUCUGCCCGAGCCGUUUCAUGCGCACAAAUGGUUGGUCUUCAUCGGGACCCAUCAGAAUGGAAUAUUGCGCCGUGGGAGAAAAGCCUGCGGAGAAAAUUAUGGUGGUCAACUUACGUGACGGAUAUGUGGACAUCUGUGUCGCACGGGAAUCCACCUCAUAUAUAUCGAGCUUCGUACACAACCUCAGACCUGAGUAUGGAUGACCUGCGAGUCGAUGAAGAUGUUCCGGAAGACCUCGCAGAUAUGGUUGAUGAGUCGAGUAGUUGUUUCGACGCGUCCACUGCAGCACGCUUUCUUGAGAUGGUCAAACUAACGCAGCUAUUGCACACAAUACUGGAGACAUCCUUUUAUGAUGAGAGUUACCGUAACACAAUGCUCAACCCUGCAGUGCAGGAGAUCAAACUCGUCGACAUUCAGACGCGUCUCGAAUCCUGGCAUUCUCUCAUUCCCCACUGUGUAACUAUGGGUUACAAUAGCAGUAUACGCAGCUUUCGAAAUAAUGGGCCGCUUCAUCUUGCAUACUUCGCUGUUCAAAUCAUCCUGUUCCGAGCUUUGAUGACACCGGCAUCUAUGACAGCAAAGUACAGUCCAAAAUCAUCCCUUCAACGCUACUUUGGUGCGGCAAUGGAUCAGGUCGAAGUCUUUCUUGCUUUUAUGGAUGGUAUCACUGCAGAAAGUCUUCGAGCGUUCUGGGGUCGACAUGGUCGAUCCCAACUGAUUCUGAUCGGCAAUUUUUUGAUCUAUCUAUUCCUACUAUCUUCUAACCCGGAGCAAGUCCACGCCACUUUCCGACUCCUAGAGCGUUUCCACGAGUCACUUCAACGAAUUGGCGAGCACGUGGAUGAAGAAUCAGUAUGUCUGAUCCGACCAGUGGCGCUGCGGAUCGAUUCCUUCUUCACCCAGGCAGCAAAGAUCAUGAGAAGAGCUUCGACCUCUGGAUCAUAUACAGCCGGCAGCGCCGUAAGCACGUCACCUUGA